AUGAUAUUUGAAUGGGUGAUUACUUGAUUCAUUGUGUAUCUCCUAGUUCUUUUUUAUUCAGGUUACCAUCAGAUAACUGCGAAGAUUCCUGAUUUCUCUGGGCGGGUUGUCUUGAUUACAGGUGCAAGUAGUGGGAUUGGGGAACAACUGGCUAAAGAUCUGAAUCGCAAUGGAGCUGACGUCAUCAUCACUGCACGUAGAGUUGAAGUACUGAAUCAGGUCAAGCAAGAAUGAGUGUUUCCAGAUAAAGUCCAUGUUGUCAGAAUGGAUCUCUCCAAUAUUGAAGAGCUCACUCAGAUUGCUAAGGAUCUCAACAACAAGUUUAAGAUUGAUAUUUUGAUAAAUAACGGAGGUGUUGGGAUGAGAGGUAAAUUUAAGAACCUCCAACUCAAAGUUGUAAAACAAAUCAUGAAUGCAAAUUUUCUAUCAGCUUGCACUCUAACAAGAUAUAUUGGAGAAGGAAUGGUUUCUAGGAAGUCUGGACAUAUUAUCAAUAAUGGCUCUGUAGCCGGACUGUUUCCUCUUCCUCUCCGAUCAAUCUAUUCUGCUUCGAAAUACGCCAUGAGAGUGUUCAGCAACAGUAUAAAGGCUGAACUCAAAGACUCGGGUAUCACAGUCACAGACAUAUUCCCAGGAUAUGUUCAAACAGAUAUUUCGGCAAACUCUCUUUCUGGAAAUGGGAUUCCAUUUGGAAAAACUGACGAAAAUACCACUCAAGGAAUGAAAGUUGAAGAAGUUUCUAAAAUCCUUCUUUAUUACUGCAGACAGAAUGAAAAGCGACAAAAGGACAAAUGGAUGCUUCUGAAGUCUCUAAUAGUAGACCCUAGCAGAAUUGUAGUGUGAGAGUUCUAUGUGAAGGUAGCAGUCAUCUUGUCUUCUCUCAGUGAAUACAUCUACAGAUUGGUAAGCAACAUCAAAUACAACUCUCAGCUGGAAGUGAUGAGUAAGGUAAAAUAA